AUGAAUUCUUUUAAUGGGUCAGAAUCUUCUUUAGAAGAUGUUGAACCAUCUUUUCUUGAAAAUUUAGAUUCUGUUGAACUUGAACAGCUCGAAAGUGAAGCGAUCAAUUCAUAUUCACAAUAUCAAAUUGAGAAUCAGGGUCAAUUUCAUAUAGAGCAUCAGGUUAAUACUCGGGAAAAUACUUGUGCAAAACAUAAGCUCCAUGAACAUCAAGAUGUAUGUUUACAAAAUCCAUUUCAUAUGGAGAUUGUAAAGAAAAACAUCUCGUUUUCAAAUACAGAAAAUGAUAUUUAUAGUAAUUUUUGCAUUGAUUCUAACAAAAUUAAUCAACAAAAUAUUUCAAACCAACGGAAUACUAUUCUUCAAUGGAAUAACACAAAUUUAUCUUCUGACUUAAACUUAUCUAGUGAACAUGCAAAAACAGAAUAUCAUAAUAAACAAAUAAUUAAAGCUGAUUGUUCAAAAAUGAUAGAAACAAAAGUAGAUCUUCCGCAUGAGAUGAUAAUAGAGCUGCAAUCACAUUUCAAGUGUCUUCAGUUAGAACGAGAUAAGUUUAAAGAAAUAGCAGAAUCUAAGUCUAGAGAAUUAGCAAUGACUCAAACUUUACUUGAUAAAAAGCAACAAUUCUAUAUAACUUCUAUUGAAAAACUUAAAAAACAAUACGACUUUUCACUGGAAAAACUUACUUUUCUUCAAAAGAAAACAGAAGCUCAUUUAAACCGUGUCUUAACUGAAAAUCAAUUCCAGAAAAAGGAACUUGAAAAUGUAUCUGAAUUAAUUAAGCAAUUUGAGCAUUCAAAGAAACAUACAUGUAUUUUGUUUAAUACAUCUUCUGAGUUCCCAACAAGAAAAGAAUUUGAAUCUGAAGAAAAAGUUAUAGAUCCCCCAAUAAAGCGAAAACGAGAAUCAAAAGAAUACACUUCAUCAAAUAGUAUGGUUCAUAUGUAUCAGCAUAAUAUAGAAAAUUCUUGUUUAAAAAACAACAAAGAUUCGGUGAUACAAAGCACAUUAAAACGAAUACUGUUCCAACAAAUGGACAGUGAUAAAAAACUUCAAUUUAUUGAAGAAUUAUUCGAUUAUCGUGUGAAUUAUAUUUUUGACCAUAAUAAUAGUACAAUUCUUGAUAUCCUAACUUCUUAUAAAUUGGAUGGAUUUUCAAUGUCAAUUUCAUCGAUGAUUAUAAAAUCCAUCUCUGAUUCUCUUUCUAUUUUAGAUUCUAUUCUAAAAUUUUUACUUUACUUAAUGGAUUGUAUAAUGACUAUUUGGAAAAGCUGUUUAGAACAAAAUUAUAAUGAACCCAUCAUAUAUAUAAUAUCACUUGUACAUUUUAUGAUUGUUUUUCAUCCAAAUAUUCUCAAUGAACUACUUGAUAUUGACAAAAAUGAGUUUUUGUUAAUACUAGUACAAAAUACAAUAUCUCUACAUACAACUAAGAUAAUAAAAAAAAGGUCUAUUUUUGGAUGUAUGGAUAAAUAUGUUAUUCAAAAAUGUUUGGAAAUAUUGAAUAUAAUUAUAAGUUUAUUUGAAAAAAAUGAACAAAUUAUAAUAUCUUCUAUUUUAGAAAUUGAUUUUAUUCUGAUCAUGUUAAAUCCUCGGCAUGAUUUAUUAUUUAUUAAAAAAACAUUAAGUUUUGUGAGUAAAUGUAUUUUUUUCAAAUGUAUUAAAUAUGAUACUAAAAAAGAUAAUUUAUCAUAUGAUUCAGAUAGUUUUUCUGGAAUUUUAGACAUAGUAAGUAAAUAUUUAACUGAAAAAUAUGAAAAUUAUGAAAUAUAUGAGAUUGUGGAUUUAAAAUUAGAAGCUGUUAUAUUCUUGAAUGCUGUUAUGAAAGGUCAUGUAAAUGGAAAAAAUCUUCUUGGUUCUAACGUUCUUGUUGUAUCACGCCUAUGUCGUUGUUUAUCAGAAUUAGUAAGUCUACAUGUUAUUUAUGACAUAAGGAUAAACAUUAUUCAGUCUAUUGUAUUAAUUUUGCAUGAAAUUAUCUCACCUGUUAAUUUGUCUAUACAUUUUGCACAACCAUGGACUCAUUAUGCUUAUAUUGUUUCAAUGGCGCGUUUAAGUUUUGUUGAAGAUGAAGAUUGUCAUGGAAAAGAUGUAUUUAAUGAUAAAACUGUAGAGUUAGCAAGAGAUCUUCUUGAAAUGAUUGUAGGUCCAGAAGAAGGGGAUGAAUUGUAUGAUCUUUUCCAUAUUUCUAAUUAA